AUGUCGCUUCAUAGUUAUCUGGAAGAAGCUUACGGUUCCGGUUCGAAGAAGAAGAAAGGCAAGACCAAGACGAAGACAAAGGAAAACGCUACUUAUGAGGCAUCUAAUGGUUCAAUAACUAUCACCGAAGGACCAGAAAGACCAUUUGAAAGCGAAUCGGUGGAAGCUAGAUCACUCAAAUCCGCCAGCAGGAAGGAAAGCAAGAAACUGUGGAAGAAUUUAGAUACAGAUGAACUUGUGACUGAAAAGGGAACUAGCACCUGCAAUACGGGGAUAAAGAAGCUGUCCUCUGGUGCACACGCUGGCUUGCAGACCGUGGAGCAACUAGAGGGGCAGACGCGGAUCAAGGAUGUACAAGUGGCUAAGUCGAAUGCAGGCACCACAGUGAACCAAACGACGGUGUUUAGAGAUGAAAGAGGACAUAGGAUUACGGACUAUGAGGUGCAUGUGGCUCGCGAGGCGCAGGAAAAGGAUGCCCGUGAGCGACUGGAGGCUAAAAGACUGGCAGAAUUAAAUAUGGGUGAAAUCCAGCGAUAUAUGAUGGAGAAUUCGUUGAGCCAAGUACCUCAGGUUGCUAGCCACAACAAAAUGGCCUCUGACGAUCCAGCCACUUUAUUCGCAAACCAAAUGACUGGCCAAGAGAAUACUAGAGUGUCGUUUCUGGGCAGGAGGCUUUACGAUAAAAUCUCCAUGGAAAAUCGGUUUGGAAUUGCACCAGGUUGCAGGUGGGACGGCGUGGAUAGAUCUAAUGGAUUUGAGAGAAAAUGGUUUGCAAAGCAACAAGAGCUGAAUGAGAAAAAAGUGGAAAAGUACACUUUGCAAGAAGAUGACUAG